ACUACAUACACAUUCCCUUGCUUUUUCCCCCUUUUUUUCACAGGUCAACAAAAUACUUGCGCCAUUAACAGAGCUAACCAAAAGCUUCACGAGCUUCUCUUUUGGCUGCUUACUGGUUUCUAUUUUGAUCGAAGAAAAUUCGUAGUGAAAAAUAUUGUGUAAUUUGCCUUUUAACAGCUGAUUUACCAUUUUUUUUUGGUACUGUUUGAUAGACUGGUCUGUCGAGAAUCUCAUAUUUCGGAAUUUCCAAUUGGGCUGUGGCGUUUUCGAUUUUUUCGUCGAUUUUUUCCUUCUCCGUGGGCUUAUUUUUCUGGGAUUAUUUUGUUCAUAUGAAUUCACUCACUCGUUCUGCGAAACAUUCUUGGUGAUUCUGUUGUCUGCGCCAGUUUUUGAGUUGUUAGACCUUUUGAAGAACUCAGUUUCUGUAUUGGGUAAUCUUAAAUCCCUUGUUUUUUCUUUUAAUUUGGAAAUGGUGAACCUCAGCAAUAGUAACGCUAGCAACCGGGUCGAAGAAAAUGAGAACCCGUUGGCCGCCAGUAGAGGUGGUGGUGGAGCCACAGGGUCGUGGGGCCCCACUGGUUCUGGCCAUUCCAUGUCGACUAGUAGCAGUGUUGGGUCUCCAUCCAGCCGGAGUGAAGCCAAAGUGGCGGCUACAGCUGGCGACAGCACAUUUCUCUUGUUGAACAAUCUCGAUAUCCAAGGGGAUGAUGCUGGAUUUCAGGGGACUCCUAGCAACAGGAGGAAGAAGAGAGGACAACGAGCAGUUGGAGGUGAUAAGAAUGGUCGGGGGCUUCGUCAGUUUAGCAUGAAAGUCUGUGAGAAAGUGGAAAGCAAAGGGAGAACUACAUAUAAUGAGGUGGCCGAUGCACUGGUUGCCGAAUUCACUGAACCUUGCAGCGACCUUUCAUCACCCGACCAGCAACAAUAUGAUGAGAAAAACAUACGUCGAAGAGUGUAUGAUGCUCUAAACGUGCUAAUGGCUAUGGAUAUUAUCUCUAAAGAUAAAAAGGAUAUACAGUGGAAGGGUCUACCACGGACUAGUUUGGAUGACAUCGAUGAAUUCAAGGCCGAACGUCUUGGACUUCGAAAUCGCAUUGAGAAGAAAGCAGCUUAUCUGGAAGAGCUUGAGGAACAAUACAUUGGUCUUCAAAAACUCGUACUGCGCAAUAAGCAACUAUAUGGCUCGGGAAAUGCUCCGAAUGGUGGAGUUGCAUUGCCUUUCAUAUUGGUCAAGACCCGCCCUCAUGCUACGGUGGAGGUGGAAAUAUCAGAAGAUAUGCAGCUGGUGCAUUUUGAUUUUAGUAGCACCCCUUUUGAGCUGCACGAUGAUAAUUACGUUCUGAAGGCAAUGAAAUUGUGUGGAAAACCACAAAAUAACGGUGCGCCAAAACAUAUUCAGACCAGUAUAGGCGAGAGCUCGAGCAUGGUCGACAUGUAUCAAUCUCAAAUGGCUCAUCAAUCCAGGCCAAAUUUAAUCAGUAGGCCACCCCACUCUACCCCUUUACCGGGAAUAUUAAAGGCGCGUGUUAAGCACGAGCAAUAGGUUGAACGAGCCAUGCUUAAUUUAUUUGACAUUAAUAUUGUCAUUUUGUAUAUCGUGUAGAGAUAUAUGGAAGCAUAAGCAGGGCAGGGUGAGCUUGUAGCUCUCCUGGAUUUUUCGAAUGGCUGAUGAUGAGGAACGAUGAAGAGGAACAUAAUAGGGUUUAAGUUACUUUUGGUUUAGAUGAUAGACUUAGGUUAUGUUAUCAUACUUGAGGAAUUUAUCAUUAGUUUCCCCAAUUUGGUCAUGGUUUAAACUGUUCUUACUGGGGCAGAUAUCAAUAUUUUGUGACUUCUUGCCAAAAAAAAAAAAA